CUCUCAUCCCCCCGCCGACCCUGUCCCCGAUGGACGACGACGACUAUAUCGAGUACCAGAAACGGGAGGAGCUGGCCGUCGCCGGGCCUUCUGCAAGCGUCCCACCGCUCGCGCCGACCCUCCUCUCAGACAGCAUCGCCUAUGCAGUUUCGUAUCUCGCCACGACGGCCCGCAUCUCACUCCGAGCUGCUGCUCUGGUCGCCGAUACAGCCCUUGAAGGUGCCAAGAUUGGAACGAGUGCGUCACUCGGUGCUGGCCGGGCUGCCAUCGUCGGUGCUCUCACGACGGCUCGAUCAAUCCACUAUGCGCUGGCACCGCCCAUGAGCAACAGCAGCGAGGGCACGCCGACUCCCCAGCACAUUGCGCUCUUCCAUCGGGCUCUGGAGCAGUACACCAACAUGAGCAUCAGCUUUGUCAACCACAGCUUCACCCUGACUGAGCUCUUUAUGUUGGCGACAUUCCACCUCACCACGAAGACCGUCAAGUUCUCUCUGAAUGCGGCUGAAGAAACCGUUGCCACCUUUGACGGGCUCUUUGGGUCGACAGAGACCUCCCGGACCCUGGCCACGUUCGUGCAGCUUGUGCGUCAGGAGCUCAACGAACUUGGCGAGGGCUCCGGGCUCCUUCUCCCGUCGGGCAUUUUCAGCAGCACCAUCAGCACAAUUCUUCUGCUCGGCGGCCUCACCAAGGCCAUCACCGCCUACGCCUGUCUGCAGUAUGUCACUCGCGAGCGUACCAUGGCGUCCCGCAAGCUCAUCAAGCUCUACGAAGGGAUCGUCCACUUCUAUGGCGAUGACCAGCACAGCCACUCGGAGGAGCUUCUGUUGACUUGGGACACCCCAGAGCCUUCGUCUCUGUCCCCAGAGGAGCCCUCGCCGCCGCCCGUCCCCACUAAAGACGCCGAUGGCAUCAUUGAUCAGGUCAACUUCCUCCGCCAAGACAUCGAAACGAUCGAGCACAUCGACGAAGUCAUCAGCGAGGGUCUUUUGGAAGAGGAUGUCCAUGCGCACACAGACUUGGGCCGCGACGACGAUGACCUUGUCUCCAAUCUCGACUUUUUUCAUCACCUUGCCGACGACUUUUCCGAGCAGGCCGGCGAGCAGUUUGCCAUGACGGUCUCGAGCCAGCAGGCGAUUUCGGAGCAAGGAUCUGCAGGCCACAGCCCCGCGCAUUCUCCACAUGCAACAUCGUUUGAACCGAACGACGACUAUGGCAUGUAUCCCUCAUCGCCUGAAUCAACCAAAUCAAGACCUUCUUUCUUUUCCAACCUCUUCCAGAAACUCUCAUUCAAGCGAAAACACUCUGCCGACUCAAACUCGCACGCCUCCUCGUUUUCCGUAUCCUCUGCGGCGUCGCAUCCGGAUCACAAGCACAUCAAGAGCGGAACUCUUCCAAGUGCAUCACAGCCCAUCCAGGUCCGCGCACACCAUCGCGCCGGCCCGUCCUCUAACGGCUUUGCUUCGCCUCGAAUCGUCAGUCCGGGUGCCUCAUUCGAUCAUCCUUCGCGCCACACCCGUGCUGGAACCAGCCAUUGGCCCGAUCCCUAUCUACUCAAGAACAUCAAUCGCUUUGUCAAGUUUGCUUCCGCAGCAUACGGGCGCCACUUUAUGAACGUCUUUGGCAUCGGCGUCGUCUCCGACGUUCGCACCACCGACCCUGAUUAUCCGGAAAACCACUAUGUGUUCUCGAUCCAUACCGGCAUCCCGCUCAACUGUAUCCUGCUAUCGUCUUACAAGAAGGGCGGCGUGGCUUUCCAAGCACCUCGGAUGAAGCCUGUUCAGCACUUUGUGUGCCUCGACCACGCUUCCAAAGCCGUGGUGGUGACGCUCCGUGGAACUCUGGGGUUGUCUGACACACUCACGGAUCUGUUGUUCGCAUACGCCGACUUUCAAUUCGAGGGCGAGACCUACCAAGUUCACGAAGGCAUGCUCAAGUCGGCCCAGCUGAUUGCCGACCCGACCUCUGUCAUAUCCAAGGUCGUGAGAAAGACCCUGGAUGAGUACCCUGGCUAUGGCGUUGUACUGUGUGGUCACUCUCUCGGCGGUGGCGUGGCUGCCCUUGUGGCUAUGAUUUGGGCCACAGCCGCCUCGUCGCUCUCGGCUCGCAUUCCGACGGUGUUUGCCACCUCGACGGCUUCUGGCUUGCCCACAGGCCGACCCAUCCACUGCUUUGCUUACGGCACCCCGUCGGUGUGCUCGCUUUCUCUGUCUCAAGCCUCCCGCGAGCUGGUGACGUCGGUAGUGAACGGCAAUGAUCUGAUCCCCAACCUGUCGAUCGGGAUCGUCAAAGACCUGAAGAGCAUGUCAAUGAUGCUGCUCGAUCCCGAAAACAAGGGUCUCUCCGAAAAGAUCAUUGGCAAGUCCCUUGGCCUCUAUCGCGACAGCCCUACCACUGCUGCCCUUUCGCGGUCCGGUGAAGGCUCUUCGUCCGGCACACCAUCGUCCCCGCCUCCGCGCCCGACGAUGCCCUCGCACGGCUCUGCUCCUGCCGCCCAGUCAUCGUGGUUUUACGGCUCGCCACCAACGUCCUGGUUCUUUGGGUCGCCUUCCUCGUCCGCUGCCGCUUCGGUUCCAGUUCCGGCCCCUAUUUCAACUCCCCAGGCGCCGUCGGUGCCCUCCUCGCCGCCAAACCCUUCGUGGUUUACGCAGCAGUCUGUACCGCAUCUGAAGGACAGGACCAAGCUCCCCCCGCAAGACCCCGACGAAAGCGACCAAGAGUGGUUCUGGGACAUGAUGACCGAGAUCAAGUCGACCAUGCGCUCCGAGAAGCUGUAUCCUCCUGGCACGGUCUAUUGGGUCCGAUCGGUGAUGACAACGACAAAAACUCGCCAUAAGCCUUCACUGGCACCGCGCCAAACGAGCAGCAAGUCCAGUCCCUCUGGCCUUGACGCCGCCGCUGUCAAAGGCGGUCCGGCCUCGAGCAAGCACCAAAGCCUGGAGAUUAUGACGAGCCGGGUCGAGUGCUCUCGGGUCGAAGAUGUAUGCCAAAUGUUCGGUCAGCUGAACUUUUCCUCCAAGAUGAUGAUGGACCAUUCGCCCAAGUCCUACGAGGAUACACUGGAGCGUCUGAUGCAGUGUGUCUACGGCAGCGUUCACGCGGAUGCAGCUGCGGCCAGCUCGGGAUCUCGGCCUUCGGCUCGCCACGAGCGCUCACAGGCGGCCUCCUCAUCUGGCUUGACAGUUUUGUCCGAUGCUCAAGCCCAGCCGUCUCGCAAACACCGCUUCCGCAAGUAGAUUCAACAUGGGGCGGGGCUAAAUCCUGCCUUCUGGAGGACAUCUUGUCUGGGAGCGGGAGAGAGGAGGGGAGUGAUCGCUUGGUUCUCCGUCCGGCUCCUAUAUAGUGUCUCGUCUUGUCCUCAUCCUUGACUUCUCUCCAUUGUCGUUGCUUCUACCUUCUGUCCUUGAUCUCAUGAUGUCAUUUGUUUCUUGCUUGUCUCCUUCUCAUGAUUGCCGAUUCUGGUCGUGGCCCGCUCUCCCUCAUGCUGCGGCAUCACCGCGGCACUCGCUCACGCAUCACUAUGCUUUGAU